CCCAGGAGUGUCUUCUGGUGGGGGUGGGAGUGGGACCUGCAGGAGCUGGGACCAACCUCUGAGGCAUGACAUGGGGUCUGCUCAGCACCUACUGGGUUUCUGUACCUCCAACCAGCUGCGUGGGCAGUCCCGUGCCAGGGUCUGUAUCUUCAGUCGGCCAUGGGGAGUUGCUGUCUCCUGGCCCUGUGGCUGCACUGUGCUUUUGGAGGAGGCAUUGACUGUCUGCCUCCCUGAGGCUUCUGGCAGGAUAGGAAGCUCAGUGCCUAGUGCCUCUUAUUUCCUGAGCUGCCGCGUGUACUGCCUAGCAUCUACUUCAACCAUGCUGAUCUGCCCCUAACCUGGGCGGCAGCUCUGCCUUGGUGCAGCUGGCACUGUCAGCCUCCAAGCCACUAGCCAGGCGAUAGCCCAGAUCAGAGCCUUCUUGCAAGCCCAGAUCAGAGCCGUGCUUGCACAGGGCUCCUUUGACUCUGGGAGUUUGUGUACCUAAAGCUGACACUUUGCAGCUGUUGAAUGGGAGCACAUGCUGGGUACAGCUGCAGGGGUGGGCUGAAAAACCUUCCUGGAGGAGACUUGGCUCUGUGUGCUUAAUGGGGAACUGGCCCCUCCACACUGCCCAUAAAUGCUUCCUGUGCCAGCUGUGCAUGGCCUUGGCUCCCCUACUGAGCAUCCGUCUUCCUUCCCUGGCUUUGCAGGGCAUGAGAGAAAAGGAAGAUUGGGAAAUCACGGAGGUGAAGAUUUACAGAGGUGAAGAACUCAUGGGGUUGCAUCAGGCAGCCCAGUUCCAGUUCUGUAGGAGCAGGUUCCAGCCUGCUCCAAGAGCAUUCACCAUUUCUUUGCUUGGGUAAGCGCUUUGGGUUAGAGGUUUACCAGGGAGAGCCAUGUACUGGCUCCCUAUCCCUAGAGACCCAAGUGUGGAAGUUUUGGCUGGAGGAUUCUUACCAGCAUGUGGGCAUGGGGAGUUAUCAGAGCAACUGAGAGCUGGAUCCCAGUCUCUCAUGAAUCAAAAUUAGGGUUGGAAGGCACCUCAGGAGGUCAUCUAGCUCAACCCCUUGCUCAAAGCAGGACUAUCCCCAACUGUAUCAUCCUAGCCAAGCUUUGUCUAGCUAGGUCUUAAAAACAUCCAAGAAUGGAGAUUCAACAACCUCUCUGGGUAACCUGUUCCAGUAUUUUACUACCCUACUACUGAGAAAAUUCUUCCUAAUAUCUAAUCUAAACUUCUCUUGCUGCAACUCCAGACCAUUGUUCGUUGUUCUGUCAUCUGCCACUACUGAGAACAGUCUAGCUCCAUCCUCUUUUGAAUCCCCUUCAGUUAGAUGAAGGCUGCUAUUAAAUCCCCCUUCAAUUUUUUUUCUCUAGACUAAAUAAACCCAGUUCCCUCAGCCUCUCUUCAUAAGUCAUGUGCCCUAGCUGCCUCACCAUUUUCAUUAUCCUCUGCUGGACUCUCUCCAAUCUGUCUGCAUCCUUUCAGUUUUGGACCUCCUCCUACAGAAUGCAGGACUCCAGAUGCGGCCUCACCAGUGCUGGGUAGAGGGGAAGAAUCACUUCCCUUCUCUGCUGGCAACACACCUACCAAUGCAGCCCAGUAUGCCAUUAGCCUUGGCAGUAAAGGCACACUGUUAGUUCAUAUUCAGCUUAUUGUCUGUCCACUGUAACUCCCAGGUCCUUUUCUGCAGAGCUGCUGCCCAGCCAGUCAGCCCCUGCUCCAAGCUGGAGCAAGUAGCUUCCCCUUUGCUCUCCCCCCUUCCCAUCCAGCUCCCCUGCCUUUUCCUUGGCUCUCCCUGUGUUGCUAUAACCUCCUUUGUAUGUGCCCUCCUUUCAGCUCCUUUCAUUUCUCUGCCCACAUAUGUUUCUGCAGGGCUCCCUGCCCGCAAGAAGCUGCAUGGCAGGCUCUGUGGGCAAUGGUGAAAGCCCUUUGUGCUGUUCACAAGAAGCUGUGGAUCAGCUGGGCUCAGGGAGGAGGGUGGAAGUGGCAGGCAUAGGAAACCUUGUAGAGUUUAGACCUUGCCUGGUGCAGGCCCAUGUUUCAUAGUAGUUUGGGGUCAGAAGGGACCUGAACAGAUCAUCUAGUCUGACACCCUGCCACUGGCAGGAGCACACGCUGGGAUCACAUGACCCCAGACAGGUGUUCAUCCAACUUCUUUUUGGACACCAAAGUAGAACCUGUCUUGCUUGCUGUUCCCUUGUAUGGAGGCCUGCUCCCUGCCUUGGGCUCCUAUCUUCACUCCCUGCUGAAUAAGCACAGAAGAGAAGCAGGGUCUGAGUGGAAAAUUAGAGGCACCUGUCGUAGACACUGCCUGGAUGGGCCUGUCUUGAAACUGCUCUUAGGAGAGAAGGGCAGAUAGGAGAUAGCAGCCAAAGCCUUUAAGGAGCAGCCCAAGGUCACCUGACAAGCAGGGGCUGGGACAGAAAGAAGGAGGAGUGAGGGACAUGCCAACCUGCCAGUGCCUGGCAGCCAAGGGUACAGAGGCCUCUGUCUCUGGUGGGAGGGAACAGAGUAAGAGCAGGGCCAGGGUGUAGGUUCCACCAGGUCUAUUAAUGGGCAUCUUUGCACAGGCAGAGAUGGGUAAUUCUGUGUUUCUUUGGUAAAUGUCCACAGUGGAGGAGUAGAGUGGGACCCAGCUGCAUUGCAAUCCAGCCUCUGGGUUUCUCCAUGAAGCUGCCAGUUGUUGGGGGGGGCACGGUUAAGAACAGCUCAGUUACCCAGCAGUCAUGAGCGGGGCAGGGCUCAGUUUGGGUGGAUAGCUUUCUGGCUGGGAACUUGGGAAGGGUAGGUGUUGCCCACCGGGACUUUUCCCGGAGGCAGUGGGCUCUCCCAGGAGAGUGGGGCAUGCCAUAGGGCUUUGUCUUGCCCUCCUUUUCCUCAGCCUGGAUUCCCUCAUCCUAAGGUGCUAGGGUUACGGUUAGGCUGGGCGCCUCGUGUGAGAUGUCUGGCAGAACAAAUUGAUGUCCCUUUAGUGUAGCUACGAGCACUGCCUUGGUGGGGGUGACCCGAGAGUCGCCAUCGGGUGCUGGAAAGGUUCCAGGCUGCUCCCUCCGAGACGUUCCAGCGGUGCGCAGCGAUAGACGGCUUGGCACGGCUCUGCCCAGGUGCGCCUAGUGCAGAACCUACCCUGGCCUUGAGUGCCAGACCAGUGCCCGUCUCGGGGGACCCAGCCUCACUCCACAGAGGCGGCAGACAGGCUCCUCAGCUGAUUAUUCUGCCCUACCCUACCCUACCCUACCCUACCCUAGCGCAGCGAGAAGCAGAGUGGGACCUUCUUGCUCUCCCGCUGUGCGUGCACUGAGCGCCCCAGUCCAGCUGCGCUGUAGGUGUGCGCAUGCCUCUGAGCCAGCUGUACCAGGGCCUGCCCAGAUGUGUCCACGCCCCGCCCCCUCAGCCACACCAUGGCCAAUCCGGACGUGCGAUGCCCGCCCCGCCGCCAAUGGGUCGAUCACUCGCGCUCCUUCCCGGGGCGUGGCUUCCCCUUCCGCGUCCUCCAGCAGGGGCGGGCCGAGCUGGGCCACCGCCCAAUGGGGGAGGCAAGCGGUGGGUAGAGCACUUGGUGCGUCCGCCAAUGGCAGCAGCUGUCUCAGCGGCCCAAUGGGAGGUGGCCUCUCGGGGGCGGAGAACGUUCGGGUAGCAGCUGCGGCCUGACUCCUGGCUGGGUGCGGAUCGCCCGCAGGUGGGAGACCCAGUGGUGCAGGCGCGAUGCCCUUGUGCCAGUGUGCAGCCAAGCGCAGUGAGUCGGACAUGGAGGGCUGCUGCUUCUCAGCAGCUAGUGGCCUGCGUGUGCACCUGCACUGGGGCGGCCCAGAUGAGCCCGAGCGGCACCGCAGCUACGCACCAGGCCGGCUCUGUGCUGAGGACAUUUGCAUCGAUGUGGCCCGCAGGCUUGGCAUCACACCACUGUGCUACAGCCUCUUUGCACUCUAUGACCCCCAGGCCCGGCUCUGGUUCCCACCCAACCACAUUUUUGAGAUCAGCAAGGACACCAGCCUCAGCCUGCUUUUCCGCAUGAGGUUCUACUUUCGCAACUGGCAUGGACUGAGUGAGAAGGAGCCAGCUGUGUAUCGCAGUGCUCUGCGCCACAGCAAUGGCCCUGAUGAGCGCUUGCCUGGUAGUGCGUUGCUGGACCGUGCCUCCUUUGAGUACCUCUUUGAGCAGGGGAAGUUUGAAUUCGUGAAUGAUGUAGCAUCGCUGCAGGACCUGGCAACUGAGCAGGACCUUCAUCGUUUCAAGAACGAGAGCCUGGGCAUGGCCGUGCUGCACCUCUCCCACCUUGCCCUCCGCCGUGGCCUCUCCCUUGAGGAGGCAGCCAAGAAGUGCAGCUUCAAGGACUGCAUCCCGCGGUCCUUCCGCCGGCAGAUCCAGCAGAGCAGCUCCUUGACUCGCCUGCGGCUGCGCAGUGUCUUCCGGAGGUUCGUGCAGCAUUUCCAGCGGCACACAGUGGGUGCCGGACGGCUGACAGAGCAGGGCGUCAUGUACAAAUAUCUGGCUACAUUGGAGAGCCUGGCGCCCCGCUUUGGUGCCGAGCUUUAUCCUGUUCUUGCCCUCGACACUUCCCGUGAGGAUGACCGGACCCCACUAUAUGUCAAUGGGGGGCCCCCCAUGCCUGUGGAUGCCCCCCCACAUGGUGACUGCUUGCCCACCCACGAGGUCCUCGUCACUGGCGCUGAUGGGAUCCGGUGGCGGCCUGUGCCUGUUGAGGUGACAGAGAGUCCCCCACACCGGGGCUACUUUGGGCGGAAGGGCAGGAGCAAGGAGCCAGGUUCCCGGGAACCCCCUACCCUGGCUGAACACCACAAGCCCAAGUGGGUGCAGUUCUGCGACUUCCAGGAGAUCACACACGUCGUCCUCACUGGUGCCUGUGUUGGCAUCCACCGCCAGGACAACCAGUGCCUAGAGCUGGUGCUGCCAUCGCCUGAGGUCGCCCUGUCCCUGGUGUCACUGGUGGAUGGCUACUUCCGGCUCACAGCUGAUGCCAGCCACUAUCUCUGCCAUGAGGUGGCCCCCCCUCGCCUAGUCAUGAGCAUCCUCCAUGGCAUCCAUGGCCCCAUGCAGGAGGAGUUCGUGCUAGCCAAGCUGCGGCAGGAGCCACUGGAGGAUGGGCUGUAUGUGCUGCGCUGGAGUGUCAUGGACUUCGACAGAAUGAUCCUGUUGGUGGCUAAAAGGAGCUGCCCCCAGGGCUCUGGGACACAGGCCUCCUUGCAGCACAGGCAGUUCCGGAUCCAGCAGAAGGGUGACACCUUUGUGUUGGAGGGCUGGGACCGGGCUUUCCUCUCUGUGCGCCAGCUCUUGGACACACUCAAGGGUUGCACCCUCAAGUCGGGCAAUGAGAACUUCACCGUGUGCCGUUGCUGCCCACCCAAGCCAGGAGAGAUUUCAGACCUGAUCAUCACACGGAAGGUGAAGGCCGGUGCCAAGCCCAUGCUGAACUUGACCCAGCUGCGCUUCCACCAGAUCCGCAAGGAUGAGAUCACCCAGAGGGCGCAUCUGGGGCAGGGCACACGCACCAACAUCUAUGAGGGGCUGCUGCACGUGUGCGGGGGCGUGGGAGCCAAUGACGAGGCUGAGCCCUUCCCCCCUGAGCCGAAUAACAAUGGGCAGGAGCUGCGUGUGGUGCUCAAGGUGCUGGACCCAAGCCACAGGGACAUUGCACUGGCAUUCUUCGAGACGGCCAGCCUCAUGAGCCAGGUUUCACAUGUGCACCUGGCCUUCGUGCACGGUGUCUGUGUGCGGGGUUCUGAGAAUAUCAUGGUGGAGGAGUUUGUGGAGCAUGGCCCUCUGGAUGUCCUGCUGCGCAAAGAGAAGGGCCGGGUAACCGUGAGCUGGAAGAUCACUGUGGCCAAGCAGCUGGCCAGUGCCCUCAGCUACCUGGAGGACAAGAACCUGGUGCAUGGGAAUGUAUGUGCCAAGAACAUACUGCUGGCCCGGCGGGGGCUGGAGGAUGGGGCCAUGCCCUUUGUCAAGCUCAGUGACCCAGGCAUCAGUUUCUCUGUGCUCUCUCGAGAAGAGCGUGUGGACCGGAUCCCGUGGAUCGCACCUGAGUGUGUGCAGGAUGUGAGCAGCCUCAGCCCCGCGGCCGACAAAUGGAGCUUUGGCACCACCCUGCUGGAGAUCUGUUUUGAUGCUGAUGUCCCCCUGAAGGAGCGCACCCCGCCAGAGAAGGAGCGCUUCUAUGAGAAGAGGCACCACCUGCCUGAACCAUCGUGCCGGGAGCUGGCCACACUUAUCAGCCAGUGCCUGAACUAUGCCCCUGGCGAGCGCCCCUCCUUCCGCACCAUCUUGCGGGACCUCACCCAGCUGCAGCCACACAACCUCCUGGACAUCAGUUCUGUGAACCCUGAGUUCCUUGUGUCGGACCCCACGGUUUUCCAGAAGCGCUACCUGAAGAAGAUCCGGGAGCUGGGGGAGGGCCACUUUGGCAAGGUCAGCCUGUACUGCUAUGACCCCACCAAUGAUGGCACGGGUGAGAUGGUGGCUGUGAAGUCACUCAAGUCUGGCUGCAGCCAGCAGCUCCUGGCCAGUUGGAAGAGGGAGAUCGAGAUCCUCAAGACACUCUAUCAUGAGAACAUCGUCAAGUACAAGGGAUGCUGCAGUGAGCAAGGGGACAAGAUUGUGCAGCUUAUCAUGGAGUAUGUACCAUUGGGCAGUCUGCGGGACUACCUGCCCAAGCACAACGUUGGCUUGGCCCGCAUCCUCCUCUUCGCCCAGCAGAUCUGUGAGGGCAUGGCAUACCUGCACUCGCUGCACUAUAUCCACCGGGACCUGGCUGCCCGCAAUGUGCUGGUGGAGAACGAGAAUGUGGUGAAGAUUGGGGACUUUGGACUAGCCAAGGCUGUGCCUGAGGGCCACGAGUAUUACCGGGUCCGUGAAGAUGGUGACAGCCCUGUCUUCUGGUACGCGGUGGAGUGCCUGAAGGAGUGCAAGUUCUACUAUGCUUCUGACGUCUGGUCCUUUGGGGUGACACUCUACGAGCUCCUGACGCGCUGUGACCCCAGCCAGAGUCCCCCAGCGAAAUUCCUUGAGAUGAUCGGGGCUACGCAGGGUCAGAUGACAGUGCUGCGCCUCAUCGAACUGCUGGAUCGCGGCAAGCGCCUGCCUAGCCCCAAGGACUGUCCCUGUGAGAUCUACCGCCUGAUGAAGAACUGCUGGGAGGCAGAAGCCUCCUUCCGUCCAGCCUUCCAGAACCUGGUCCCUGUGCUCAGGGCCUUCCAUGAGAAGUACAAGGCUCAGGCCCCCUCCGUCUUCAGCCUGUGCUGAGCUGCAUGCCUGAGACUUGUUUGGGGGAUGACUGUCACAUAGUCCAGCUGCACGCUGCCUCAAGCACAGGGCUGCUGCCGGGUCAGGCAGGCUGCCUGUGGACCGUGCCAGAGGCUGGGGAGUUUGCCCCCCCUGGCACAGAGCCUCUGUCCACCAGCCCUGUGGGAGCAGACAUGACAUGAAGCCUCUGGUCUGCAGUCCAACCAGGACUGUAGGAAAGUGCUGUGGAUGCAGCCAGUUGUGGCUCUUUGCCCUCCCGCGGGUCUCUUCGGCCCAGGCCAUGGCUUCAGAGGUGUGGCCAUAGCCUGGUGCACAUCAGCUGCCGCGGCUUGUCAGGCUUUGAGAAGAGCCUCUGCCUGUCUGGGGUCCAAGCUGUACUGCCUCUGUCUGGUGGGAUGGGAGAGUGGCUGCUGAGGCCACUGGAGCAUGAACCCCUCUGCAGCACCUGGCACAAGGGGAGGAGAGCUGGGGCUCAAGGCCUUAUGGGCAAGCCCUAUGCAGCCUCUGCUGGUCUCCAGAGUGCCCUCCUGCACCUCAGCCUCUCCCCCCAUCACCUUUGUGCCUGCCCCGGCAGCACCCAUUGUUGCCCACCUGCUGCCUUCGUACACAGCCUGACCAAAGCCCUGAGGCCCCUGGCCAGGGCCGCACCCCUACUGUGAAUCUGGCCAGUAACUUCUUCUGGCCCCAAGCCUGGCACCCAGUGCUGUGAUGACACCAGGCCUUUGGGGCGAGGCCGUGAGCCAAGGUGUCCUGAGGCAUUUGCUCCACAUACCUCCAAGCCAGUUGCCUUCAGCAUUCGUGUCUCCCUUGCCCACACUUGGCCUGGGCUUUCGUCAGGGCCUUGGUCCCUAAUUAUGCAGAACUCCCAGGGCAGCAGCCACCCCCUUCUGUGGGGGAAAGCAGCCCCUGGCAAAUCUAAUGUUUAUGGCACUUUACUGGGGGGGGGGGGGUGGCCCCUAGCUGCACUCCUCUAGUCCCAUGUGAGUCUCUGGGUUCCUUGUCCCCAUCCCUUGCAGCUGGGGGAGCCUACCAUGGGCCAUGAGCACAGCACAGCAAGGGGAAAGGUUGUGGAAACCUUCCCUGAGCAGCUGUUGCCUCCCUUCUGUAGCUAGUCACCACACAUCAUCCCUUCCACCCUCCUUUCCUUCUGCUUGCCUUUGCCUGACUCUGAGGAAUUCUGUCCUCAAAUGCAUUGUCAGCUCCCAGUUGUAGACAGGGCAGGUGGCUACAAUGCCCUGUGGAGGAGGGAGAGAUCGUGCCAGUGUCCAGCUGCUCCCAGCCUACACUACUGCCCCCCAAUCCACACUGUCUGUCUGUACAGCUCCCCUGUAUUUAUUGUUGCCUGCCCUGCAAACGUCAUUGAAUCCUCCUCACCUGUGCCAUGGCCUGUAGGACCGGGCAGAGCUGCCGGCCACCAAAGCCAACCUUACCCAGCCUGUGCCUGAGCCUUUUGAGCAAAAAGAACCCAGCUGUGUGCCUUGUAUUCUGUCACUGGGCAGAGGCUACGGCUCCCUUGCCCCUGUGGGGGCCUGGGGCACAUCAUUUACCACACCCUCCCUGCCCUGCCUGAGCUGUUGUACAUAGACUUGUUUUCUAUCAGGGCGUGGGAGACAUAACCUGACUGAACCUGUGGCUCAUGCUGCCCCAGCCAUAGCUGCUCUCUGAGGAAGCUAGCUUGUUGCUGGUGCCACUCUCAAUUGUCUCCAAAUAAAUCGCUCUGUCGAGGA